GUGAUAUCCGGAUCUCUGGCGUUCUUCAUCUUCAAGCAGCAAACGAAUGCGUCCGCCUUUGUUGAGGACAUGACCUAUGGCGGAGGUCGCUACGUGGGCACGGGAAGAGCCUUUGCCCUCAUGCACAACCCCUUUGUCUCGCUGUACGUCCGCUAUGCUCGGACACACCUGUACUUCGCGGGCACGCUGAUCCUCCUCUGCGUCAUGCUUGCCAUGCUGGGCAUUCCAGGGUACGGCCCUGCGACCUUCGGCACAUGGAUGGUGGCGGUUUCCUUGACCACGGCGCCCUUCUGGUUCAACCCCAUGCAAUUCAACAUGGACGUCACCAAGACGGAUUACAAGAUGUGGACGCGGUGGAUGAAGGGGGAGGAAGUUGACCCGGACAGCAAGCUCACGUGGCACACGUGGCACGAAAAAAUGAUGGGCAACAUCAGGAAUGCCAGCGGCAACCUCACAGACCAUUGGCUGAAUGGCGCCAGCGCCAUCAUGUACAACCUCUUCACCAAUGGCAUCCUGGCCAUCGCGGCCGUGUCCAAUCUGAAGAUAGACGAGCAAGUGGACUGGACGCCCAUAGACGAGAUGGACGGCGAGGACAUCCGGAAAAUAUUUCUCUGGCUUGCGGUCACGCUCACCAUUUCCUUCGUGGGCGUUCUGUGCGUCAUUCUGCAGACGUGCUUCAGUGACAGGGGCCAAACCAGGGCGCUGAGGAUAUUCAAAAUCUUCCCGUUCCUCUUCUUCAUCGUCGCCUCCCUCAGCCUCAUCCAGGCGCCGGACUUCCUUCGCACGAGCGACGGGAAGAACGGCUUCAGAAACCUUCUGCUCAUCUACUAUGCCGACCUGCAGAUCGCUAUCAUCGUCCUCGAGGUGCUGCAGCGCACCAACCCGGAUCGGGCCGGGAUUCGACAUCUGGUGGACCAGGCCUAUUACUUGCUGGAUUACAGCAUAGGGCUGAUACUCUUCGGCUUUCUUUUCCUGUUUUCCCUGCUUGGAGUUUUCCAAGUUUUCCAGAACACUCUGCUGUUCAAUGUCACGUUUGCGCGAUCCAUGAACACCAAGGAGCUGGCGGACGCCAUUGGCGUGGAUCGAGAUCUUGACAGACAGGAGGACGCAGGCGGCAGAGCCGGGGAGUCAAUGACCCUGAGGGAGAGGCUGACAAGGCUCAUGUCUCGCGGCUUUGACGCCACUUACAUCCCGGGGGGGACACCCCACGCCGAUGUCCAGAAAGAGGGCAACUUCACAACCACGAGGACGCUGAGCAAUGCCUCCCGAAAGUUUGGAACCGAGGGGAAGAUGGCAUUAGGGUCGGGAACCCUUCACUCGGUGGGAUUCGCCACGGACGACGCUGAAGCCGAACACGGAUCGGACAUCAUCUCCUUGAGGCCCAUUCCGCAGUCGGCCAUCGGCGCCCAACAAGAAGAUCAGUCCGAAGUUGGAGAGGUAGAUAGAGACGCAGGGCGAUCACAUAGGCAAUGA